AUGGCGGAAGGCCCCGAGGACGACGCGGCGGCGGAUCUUGCGCCACAGGCGACGCCUGCCGCCGCCGAGAAUGCGCACCAGCGCACGAUCCUGUACGCGCGGAAGGGCGUGGGCUCGGCCCAGAGUCGCGUGGGGCGGCGGCCGCUGGCGGUGCCCAACUGGUUCGACCUUCCCGUGCUGCUGCCCGAGAGCCACCCCGUGGCGGCGCGAAUCCAGCGCAAUACCGCGAGUCGGGCGCUGGUCUCGCGCUUGGCGUCGCGGGAGGAGGAGGAGCAGCUCAAGGCCAAGAAGAUGGGCGCGGCCGUGCUCAAGAGCGCCUUGAGGCGCAGGCACAGCACGCGCGUGCGGAAGCUCGACGGUCUGGGCCAAGUGGACAGGAAGAACCGGCUGCGCGCCAAGCUGUGGAAGGAUCUGAGCCGCUUCGGGCUCUGGCCGAUGGCCGGACCCGGCGAUCUCGACGACCAGCAGUCGGUGGAGAGCGCGGUGGACGCCAUUUGGACGCAGUGGCAGGACAACGCGGCCAACGCCGUGACAAGUGCGGAGAGUGACGUGAACAGAGGGAGCAGCAAUGAAUCAACUGGGUGGUUUGGCUUUUCGGCGAGUCGCUUGCAGGCGAAGGUGCAGACGCCGGGUUUGAGGCGGCGCAAACGACUGACGGAUUUACAUCAGUUUGUUGGGCUUCAGCUUCAAAAGAGGUUGUUCAAGUCGUGGGAUACGAUCGAGAUUGCGUUUACGGGGAGUGGGGAUAUGACGGUCUCGCAGAUUGUCAAGUUCUUGCAGCAUUCGGACGUCCAGCUAGGCGACCAGGACGCAGCGAAGGUCCAGAAGAUACUCGAAGAGCACGUGACGACCAUGCAGGCAGCUCAGGAUCCAGAACGGGUUGAUGAUGACGCUGGCCAUGCCCACUCCAAUCAAAAGCGGGGCAAAGGCAAAGCUGUGCUGUCAUAUGAAGGUUUUCGCCAGAUCUUUCACCCCGUCGACCCCCAAGAGGCUUCCAAAUGGAAACGCGAAUUCGACCGAGAAAGGUUCCGUCAAAAACAGGAGAAAGAUAUAUACAGCAAGGAGUUAGCAGCACUGGAAGAGAAAGUUCGCCAGCGCCUUGCAAACUCGGCACGGCAAAUGGUUGAGAUUCUCCAGCAGUUCAAGUGCGACCCCAAUGCCAUCCCAUGGGAGAGUGAUCAGCAGCGAUUACAAUUGAGAUCGCAAUUCUUCGAGGUCAUUUUUCGUAAGCCGCAACGCCGGCGCCUUUUGCAGCUUGACAGUAGACUUCCUCAUUCAGACUCAGCAGACUCAUCAGGGGCGAAUCUGCUUCCUAAUAAACUCAGCGUGAAGCUGAUUUUAUCGAUGCUGCUACAAAAGUAUUCACGAAAUGGCCACUUUGAAAGUAUCGAGGUUCCCGUCGCGGCGUACUUAUACCACGAUUAUGCAGCUGAUAUCGUGAAGCAGAGUGUUCGUCGGUACUGGGAGCGAUAUAAGAUCGAUCAAUGGCCCGAACGUCAAAUGAUUUUUCGUUUUCGCAAGAAGAAGCAAAUUUUUCACGACUGGCGAGCUUUUGCUGAUCGCGCAAGAAUGCUGCGACGUUAUGUUUUGCGAAAAUUUGCGGCCUGGAAGUACAUGACCCGCAAACUACACGAGCAUUAUGCCUUCUACCGCACAAGCUUUUGGCCGUUUUACGUUUGGAAGCGCCAUCUUCAGCAAAUGAUCAUCGCGCGCGGGAAAACUGUUUUCCUUAUGAACGUCUUGCGCACAUACAUCCAGCUACGGAAUUUCCGCGCGCUGAAACAGCGAUACAAGACGAAGCAAUGGAACCAGCGACAAAUUGCUCGACUACGGAAGAAAAAGGCAAGGCGGGUGUGCCUCAUUUGCUGGGAGACUUGGAAAGGUCGGUUCCAACGCGGUCGUCUAAUUCGUCAGAUCUGGAAAAAUCAUGGGCACAUGUUUCAGCAGUUGCACAAGUAUUACAUGGUGAGAGUAACAUUUUACAUCCUGCGCUAUUAUGCGAUUUUGAAAAAGGAUAUCAAGCGACGCAAGUACAAGAGCUUCUUAGCGCAAUUUUCCAUUACCUCGAGAACGAAAGCACAGCCUCAUCACCCGCGUCAACAACACGGCGUAAAUAUCUACGACCGGAAUGCUCAACAGCGCGUAUCGCUUCAUCCAACUGAUCAUGAUCAAGGUAGCGCGGCAUCUACUCGCCGAAGCCUCCCAGCAUCCGGUUAUGAAGCACCUCAAAAUGGAAGAGCGUCAAGGCUAGACUCACGAAAUGCGCGGGCGACGUCCUUAACGAGGAUCAUGGAAACGGAUCUGGGGAAAAGAAUCAAGCGCAAAAGCCGACUUUACGAUUUGUGUCUCGGUUUGUAUUUGAAGUAUCGUGAGCUUGAUCGUUCCAAGCAGAUCGGAAAUGUGGUGGCGUAUCGGAGAUUUGGCCGCAUUUUCUUGAAAUACCUGAAAACACUGGUUCGCCAUAACAAGAAGAACCGCUUCGCUACCGAUCUCGGUGCAUACCGCGUGCUUAGCACUCGUUUCCGGCAAUGGAUGAUUGGUACUGUUUACAAACUUCCGCAUACUGCUCAAGACGACGACUACGGAACUGUGAAAAGGGAGGAAGAAUCGGAAGAAGCGGGCGAUAAAGUUGUUCUGCACUGGCGUGAAGACCGCGAAUGGCGCCUCCAAGGCAUCGUCAACAACCCAAUCCGAGCCCAAAUGCUUCGCCAGGACCUUUUAUCUAUAAUGGAGAAUGAUUCAGUUCGUAAGGAAACCAUACGGGGACGCGAGCUGCUGCUCAACAAAAAGCAACAAAACGAAGAGGCUUUUUUGCGGAAGGAGACUGGUGUAACUCUGAAAAUCAAGGCAGCUCAGAUGCAGCAAGUUCAGCAGAUAAUGCGGCGACGAGCGCAUCGUCUCCAUGACGCGAUGGAUAAUGUUUACGAUGUAUUGCUGCAGCAGCAAGCACGACAACAACUGAAGUCGAGCUUCCGCAGCCUUCGCAUCGUCGUUAUGAUGAAGUAUACGCGUCUACUUUGCCACCGAGCGCAAAUACGGAAUUGGCUCCGACUUUGUUAUCGUUUCAUGUACUGGGAGAAGCAUAUGAGCACGUUUUACAAGCUGAAGAUAAAGUAUCGCGCCUUUCAGACGCUACUCAAGCACGCUGUGUGGAAGUGGAAGUUCCAGUCUCAAGGUCUCUCGCACAAGCUUCAGCGAUCGCAGGAGCUCAUGUGGAAGCAUGAGCACUUCAUGGAAGAAAGGGGGAUGUUUGACGGCAGCUCCGAGUCCUUGCGCCUUGCUGCGACCAAGUUUUCACCGGCUAAAUCGUUUCGUGGUACGUUUCUACGUUGGAUUCAAUUCACACAGAGCUCAAGAGCUAGGCGAGAGAUAGUUCGCCUUGUACGCCGGAAGCAAGAGAUUUGGUCCAUGCACAACGUGUUUUACGCUCUCAAGAACCGGGUGAAAGCGAAGUACACGUAUGCAGAGCGCUGUGCAGCCCGUCCGUACCUGUGGAGGCAAUGUAUGGUAGACCUGGACACUUAUCACUGCAAGAUCCUCGCUCUUGAACAGCGAUUACCGACGACAAGUUUGAGAGCACAAUUGAGUGAAACUCGCGAAUUGAUGCGAGAAACGGCGAUGAGCUCACCCACGCUGAAGAAACUCUUCCAGGAGCACGAAAAGGAAGUACGUCAAAGACUGCAGCUGGAGAAACGCCUGAUGCUGGUAGCCUACAACGACCGCGCGGUGCACAAGUAUGCAGAGCGAGCGUCAGCCUUGUUCGGUACAACAGCAGGACGCCCAUUCACCCACGACAAGGUUCCGCCAUUCGGCAGCAUCAGCGAGGUCGCUGUCAUUUGCGGCAAGAAAGUGGACGGUAUUUCACAGGUUGUCAAGACGCAUGGACAUGUCAGUUCUGAAGGCACACUGCAUGGAAAUCCCUUUGGAAAUCGUGAGGUGUUCCAGCUAGCGAAAGGAGAAAAACUCAUUUCGAUUGAAGGCUAUGCGUCGCACUUAAUCUACGGCUUGCGGUUUGGUACGAGCAGUGGUCGGUACUCCAAGUGGUUUGGCCACUGCGAGAAAGGAUCACGGUUCGAGGUCCACAGCGACUAUUUCACCAAUCGCGAAGAGAUCAUAGGAUUCUUCGGUCAUGCCGACAGCACGUCGAUUAAUUCCCUAGGAGUCGUGAUGCGGCACACGACGAUCAAGAACCCGUUUGAGGGGAUGUGGGUGCAAAAGGACCACCACGCCCAGAACAUUUUGCAGCAUCGGAGCCCGGAUGAGCUGUCACAGUGUGAUCGGCAGUUCGCGUACUUCCUCCAGGUUCGCGCGUGUGAGGUACUAUUGGUCAUGGAGAGAGCGCACACUUUCGCUGUGCGAGCGUAUCGAAUGGAGGACACGCUACCGCCUGCUCUAGGAAAUAUGCGAAUCAUCAUGGCGAUCGCGCGGUGGAUGCUCAACGCUCUCUCACAUGGUUUGGUUCAGCGCACCGAGCGCGAAGAAGAGGGCAAGCAGAUUUUGCAGCGCGGCCAAGAAAAAUAUUCUGCUGGUGAAAAAGUUUUGUUCGAGGGGGUCAGCACUAUGCAAAUUGUUGAUAGUUUUCGCGAUUCGGCGGGGCAAUUGGAUGCAGCGACACUAGGCGUUAAAAAGAUUGUGGAAUUGCGGGAAAUGAUGAGCCAAGCCCAGCAGCAAAUAGCUCAAGGGGAAAAGCUACGGGAUGAAGGACAGCACGACAUCAUGCUAAGCCAGCGGAUCCUGCCCCACCUUCCUACUACAAAGCGGAUGAUCUCUGCUAUUCGCAAAAUGUACAAGAUCGUUCAAACCAAGGAUGAAAUCGAUCAGAUGACUCCUGAAGUGCGCUCUAUCUUACUGCUGAAGAAGAACAGCCUAGCAUCUGACAGUCUGCUCGCGAUGUAA